AUGACGAGAACAUAUUUAUACCUGGUUUUCAACUUGAUUUCAGUGCAUAUUUGUCAGAACUGCCAGAACUUUUCUACCUACGAUGUGACCUUUAAUUCAACAAAUUUUGAAUACAUAUUGCACUGGAGCAAACAUGACUUGGGAUCAGAUGUAUCAUUCAAUGUCCAAUACAAACGGUAUGGGCAGCCAGAAUGGUUGCUGCUUCAUGACUGUCAAAAUAUUACUAGGGAAAACUGUAAUUUAACAAAUGCAAUAACUGGAGAUGAAGAACACUUCAUGGAUAACCAGUAUUUUGGAAGAGUCAUGGCACUGUCACCAAACUGUACCUCUGACUGGGUCACAUCGAAAAGACUAAACCCAAGAGUAGACACAUGUUUGAUUUUACCAAAAUUGAGCUACACUCCAAAUGUAAAUUCAAUAACAAUUCUCAUUCCAACUCCUUACAUACCUAUAAGAGGUAGAGACAAACAGCCUGUAACAGUGGAAGAUCUUUAUAAAAAUGAUACCUUUGAAUACCAUUUGAUCUUUUUAAACUCUGAAAAACAAGUUAAAUGGCAAAAAACCCAGACAGAGAGAUUGUUUAAAGUGACUGGCUUGUCUCCUGGCAUAGAAUAUAAUGUAACUGUCUAUAUUUCAAUUGAUAAUGAGAGGAAAAGUGAUAAACAAUUUUUUGUGGUGAGAACACUUCCAGAUUAUUCCAUGGUAAUCCUGGUUACAAGUCUGGUUGCGGUUUUUGUCAUUGCCCUGUGUGCUGGAUUUUUUUUGUUGAGCUAUAAAUACGUAAAACAAAGAGUAAACACACCAAAUUCUUUAGUUUUCCAGAAAUCUACAACAUUACCUCUGCUGACCCUGUCGAAGGAUAAAGUGAUCAGUACUUGGACUCUAGGAUUUUGUCCAGCUAUGCAGAAUUAUGAGCAAAAACAUCAGGAGACAUCAAGAAAGAUUUGGCAAGACAUACCUGGGGAUUUAAAAUUGCACACGUAUGCACGUCAGUCACAUGGUGCUGUUACACCUGAAAAAGAUUCUGAAGUGGACAUACAGGAAUCAUACUGCCCUCAGAGAAAUAUGAGCAGUUUAGUCUCCUCAGUACAUUAUGGCAAGGUGCUUGACAUGACGACCAGUAAUGUGACAUAUCUCCAAAACACUACCCCAAGUGCCUACAGGAAAGUUUCGCAUGAAUGUGAAGGAGAGUUUCAGAUAAAUACUCAACCUUUUCUAGACUAUGAUGAAGAUGUGUCCAAUGCCUUUAUUGGUAAUUCUUUCAAAUUCAAUCUGUUUUCUUCUUUACUAAGUGGAGAGUCAAAUAAUAUUCCCAACAGCAUGUCUCCAAUUGGAUUAAUAUCAAGUGUUACAAUAAAAGAUUAUGGGGAUUUUCCUGCACCGAUGGAACAGACUGAGGAACCUUCACCAGUUUUACUAUCAGACUUGUACCUUAAUGACUGUACAAGUAACCGGAUAGAGGAACUCAACUUGCAACACAUGGAACAUGUGGGACAUGAUGAUAGCUCCUACAUUUUACAGUGUCCUGUAGAAAACUUUACAACAAAAACUUUUGUCAAAACAACUGCAUACAAACAGCAAUGUGGUCUGUAAGUUAUCCAGAAAUUUGUUAGCAUGAUUCACUAGUUGCCAUGAUUAAGAACGUUACGGUUCGAAACUCGUUGGCAUUUCUGUGAGAUUGUACGUUCACUAUGGGUGUUUUUUCUAUUUACUAUGUUUUAAAGUCAAAUAGAAACAAGGGUCUGGGUGUAUUUUAGCAACUGGGUGUA